UGGAAAAUUACCACAGCAUAGUUUCAUUUCCUGCUCUUGAAUAUCUGGCUGAACUACUUAAGCUUAAUUUGUUAAACCCCAGUAAGUACCUAUCCCACAUGAUUUGACUCAGAGAUUCUCUUUCGUCCACAGGCAGUCAUCUGAGGAGCAGAAAGAAGAGAGCUCCCAAAUGCUAUGUCUAUUCAGGGCCUCUCAAGAACAAUGGAAUAUCAUCCUGAUUUGGAAAAUUUGGAUGAAGAUGGAUAUACUCAAUUACACUUCGACUCUCGAAGCAAUACCAGGAUAGCUGUUGUUUCAGAGAAAGGAUCUUGUGUUGCAUCUCCUCCUUGGCGCCUCAUUGCUGUGAUUUUGGGAAUCCUAUGCUUGGUGAUACUGGUGAUAGCUGUGGUCCUGGGUACCAUGGCUAUUUGGAGACCCAAUUCAGGAAGAAACUCAUUGGAGAAUGGCUACUUUCCAUCAAGAAAUAAAGAGAACCACAGUCAACCCACACAAUCACCUUUAGAAGAGAGUGUGACUCCUACCAAAGCUGUCAAAACCACAGGGGUUCUUUCCAGCCCUUGUCCUCCUAAUUGGAUUAUAUAUGAGAAGAGCUGUUACCUAUUCAGCCCGUCACUAAAUUCCUGGGAUGGAAGUAAAAGACAAUGCUCACAACUGGGCUCUAAUCUCAUAAAGAUAGACAGCUCAAAGGAAUUGGGAUUUAUAGUAAAACAAGUGUCUUCCCAACCUGAUAAUUCAUUUUGGAUAGGCCUUUCUCGGCCCCAGACUGAGGUACCAUGGCUCUGGGAAGAUGGAUCAACAUUCCCUUCUAACCUAUUUCAGAUCAGAACCACAGCUACCCAAGAAAACCCAUCUCCAAAUUGUGUAUGGAUUCAUGUGUCAGUCAUUUAUGACCAACUGUGUAGUCUGCCUUCAUAUAGUAUUUGUGAGAAGAAGUUUUCAAUGUAAGGGGAAGGGUGGAGGAGGAGAGAGAAAUAUGUGAGCUAGUAAGGAGGACAGAAAAAGGAACAGAGAAGAGUAGCAGCUGAGGUCAAAAUAAAUGCAGAAAAUAUUUAGCGAGCUUGGCAAACUGUAAUCUUAACCAAGAAAUUGAAGGGAGAGGCUGUGAUUUCUGUAUUUGUUGACCUACAAGUAGGCCAGUGUUAUUGUUCUACUUACUAAAUCCCUGGACAUGGAAUCAGGGCAGCUAAGCUUGAAUUUUUUUUUUUUUUUUUUUUUUUGAGAUAGGGUCUCACGUUGUCACCCAGGCUGGAGUGCGGUGGCACAAUCUUGGCUCACUGCAGCCAUCUCUUGCCUCAGCCCCCCCAAGUAGCUGGGACUACAGGUGCAUGCCACUGUGCCAGGCUAAUUUUUGGUGUGUUUUUGUAGAGACUGGAUUUUGCCAUGUUGACCAAGCUGAAGCUGGUCUUGAACUCCUGGGCUCAAGUGAUCUGUCCACCUUGGCCUUCUAAAGUGCUGGGAUUACAGACGUAAGCCACCACACCCGGCACCAAGCUUGAAUUUUCAUUCUGCCAUUGACUUGGCAUUUACCUGGGGUAAACCAUAAGCAAGUCUUAAUUUCUGGCUCCAUCAGAGUUGUUUUUGUGCUUAACAAUGCCAUUGAUGCAUAUGGUGUGUUGCCAUGAUUUGACCCUCAACUUCUAGCAGUAUAUCAGAUAUGAACAGAAGGUGAAAUAUAUUUCUGAAUAGUUAAAUGAAAAAAUGGG